AUGGCCGCUCCCACAUUCUACGCCGUCGUCGCAGGCGUCGGCUCCGGCACCGGCGCCUCCGUCGCGCAGCUCUUUGCCAAGAGCUAUCCCGUCGCGCUCCUCGCCCGGCAAGAGUCCAGCUGGGCGCCCGUCGCCGACGCCAUCACCAAAGCCGGCGGCACCGCCAUCGGCAUCACCACCGACGCCGCGGACCCGUCCUCUGUCGACGCCGCCUUUGCGCGCAUCGCCCAGGACUGGCCGAACGCCAAGCUCGCCGCCGCCGUGUACAAUGCCAACGCCGGCUUCGCUUACAAGUCCUUCCUGGACCUUGUGCCUUCUGAUCUCAACACUUCCCUCGGCACCGCCGCAAAUGGUCUCUUCUACUUUGCGCAAAAGACGCUCCCGCAGCUCCUCGCCGCCGUCGACGCCAAGCCGCAGCACCCGCCGACGCUCAUCGUCACGGGCGCCACGGCCGCGAUCCGCGGGUCCGCCAAGUUUGCCACGUUUGCCGCGGGCAAGUUUGCGCAGCGCGGCAUCACGCAGUCGCUCGCGCGCGAGUUUGGCCCCCGCGGCGUGCACGUCGCCUACACCAUCAUCGACGGCGGCAUCGACACCCCGUGGGGCAAGGACCGCGUCGUUAACGGCGGCGUGGCCGACGGCAAGAUUAGCCCCGAAGCUAUUGCCGAGAAUUACUGGUACCUGCACACACAGCACAGAUCGGCAUUUACACAGGAGCUUGACCUGCGUCCAUUCGUAGAAAAGUUUUAG